AUGCUCGGCCACGCCCUCCUGCAGCGCCUGGCGACACACGCCCGCCACGGCAGCGCGGGCGCGGCGGGGGCGGGGAAGCUGCACCUGCUGCUGGGCGGGGGCGGCCACGGUGGCCCCUCGGCGACGGACGUGGCAAACCGCGCGGCGGGGGCGGCCACGGCGGCGGCGGCGGCGCAGGCGGAGGCGGCCUACAAGGCAGGCCUGGAGGCGUCGCGCAAGGUGGCUGCAAAGGCGUCGUCGGCCGCGCAGAAGGCGCAGGCGGCGGCCGCUGCCAAAUACACCGAGGCCGCACAGCUCACGCAGGCAGCGCAGCUAGCGCAGGCGCUGGUAUUCCGCGAGGCGGCGCAUGCGGCGCAGACAGGGCGCACUGUGCAGGCCGCUGACGCCAUCAAGCUGUUGGCACAGUCCCAGCUGGCUACACUGCAGCAGGCCCUGGCGGCGGCCGAGGCGCAGGCGGCCGUGUCCCAGCAAGUGCUUCAGGCCGCCACGGAAGCCUACAGCCAGCAGUCCUCUGUGCUCAAGCAGACUCAAGAGCAGGCGCAGUACAUCCUCCAGCGGCAAAACCUGGCCGUGGCAGACCUGGCAAAGACGCAGACGGCGGCGCAGCGAGCGCAGGCGGCAGCCACACAAGCAUUGUACCAGGCGCACCCCGUGCAGGCCUCCGCCAACACGCUGUCUUACGGCAAACACUGA